AUGUUCUCAUCUAUUCUAAGAGUUACACUAAUUUCUCUUCUACUGUUUAUAGUGAAGGGAAAUAGUUUAGAAUUGGGCGUAAAAGAAAAAUCUCCUGACAUGCAAUGUAAAAAUGGAAAUUCACGAAUUUUGACUAAAAUAGAUAUAGGAAUACAAAAUGAUAAAGAUUUAGAAAAACAUGGAAAAGAAGAUCAAAAAACAAAAGAAAAGUUUAAAAAAAAAGGAAUUGAUGAUUUGAAAGUAUUUUGCCCAGAUUUACCAAAUAAUAAUGAAAGUAUAUAUUUGGAUGAAUUAAACCCUGAAAAGAGAAAAAGAAAAGGAAGUGAACAGUUGGAUGAAGACAGUCUAGAAUUAUUAGAACAAAUGUGGAAAAAAGAAUUUCUACAGUGGAGGAAACAUUUAUAUGAAAUAAAUAAAGAAAUAUUUUGGGAUUUCACAAGAAUAUGUUUAAUAAAUAAUAUAUAUUUUUCAUGGGGCAAUGGAGUAUGGUUGAAAUAUAAAAAUAUAUUGAAUAAGAAAAUUUCAGAAAAAGAAUAUAAAGAUUAUGAAGAUUAUUUAGCUUUAAAAAAUAAAAAUCCCAGUGAUGAAGAAUGUAAUAAAUUUAUUUCGUUAAAAAGAAAUUCGUUCAUAGAGUUUUAUAACACACUUAAGGAAGAGAAAACUUUAUUUAUAGAUCAAGUUAUAAUGGAGUGGAUGAAAUUUAAAGAACGAUUUAUCAGUAGAAAUAUAAAAAGCACAAUGACAGAAAAGAAAAAAUUAAAAAGGAAAUUAAAAAAAAAAUUAAAAAAAAAAAAAAAAAAAAAAAAAGCUUCUAAGGUGGAUGAGGAUGCAGCAACAAAUAAAAAGGACAAUAGUUGA